GCGGGCUGUUGGGCCUCAGCUAGUCGGGCGCUUGGAGCCUCUUUUAUUUUCUUGGCGCCGGUCAGGAGAGGCGUCGGCAGCGGCCAUGAGCGGCGGCGUGUACGGAGGAGAUGAGGUUGGUGCACUGGUGUUUGAUAUUGGCUCCUAUACCGUGAGAGCUGGCUAUGCUGGGGAGGACUGCCCAAAGGUUGACUUUCCCACUGCCAUUGGUGUGGUACUGGACCGGGAUGAUGGAAGUUCCAUGAUGGAGAUUGAUGGUGAUAAAAGCAAACAAGGAGGCCCAACUUACUACAUAGACACAAAUGCUUUGCGAGUUCCAAGAGAGAACAUGGAGGCUAUUUCACCUUUGAAAAAUGGAAUGAUUGAAGACUGGGAUGGCUUCCAAGCAAUUUUGGAUCACACCUACAAGAUGCACAUUAAAUCAGAAGCUGCUUUGCAUCCUGUUCUAAUGUCUGAAGCACCAUGGAACACCAGAGCGAAGCGUGAAAAACUGACAGAAUUGAUGUUUGAGCAUUACAAUAUCCCUGCUUUCUUCUUGUGCAAAACUGCAGUACUUACAGCCUUUGCUAACGGCAGAUCCACAGGCUUGAUCUUGGAUAGCGGAGCGACACACACCACUGCAAUCCCUGUGCACGAUGGCUACGUGCUCCAGCAAGGCAUUGUGAAGUCACCUCUGGCAGGGGAUUUCAUUUCCAUGCAGUGCCGGGAGCUCUUUCAGGAAAUGAACAUAGAGAUAAUUCCUCCAUAUAUGAUUGCAUCAAAGGAAGCUGUUCGUGAGGGUUCUCCAGCAAAUUGGAAAAGAAAAGAGAAACUGCCACAGGUCACAAGGACUUGGCACAAUUAUAUGUGCAAUUGCGUAAUUCAGGACUUCCAAGCUUCUGUCCUACAAGUGUCUGAUUCCACAUACGAUGAACAGGUGGCUGCACAGAUGCCAACUGUACACUAUGAGUUCCCCAACGGUUACAACUGUGACUUUGGUGCUGAGCGACUAAAAAUUCCUGAAGGCUUGUUUGACCCUUCUAAUGUAAAGGGUUUAUCUGGCAACACAAUGCUUGGUGUGAGUCAUGUGGUCACCACAAGUGUUGGGAUGUGCGACAUAGACAUCAGGCCAGGCCUCUACGGUAGUGUCAUCGUAGCAGGAGGCAAUACACUACUACAGAGCUUUACGGACAGACUGAAUAGGGAACUCUCUCAAAAAACCCCUCCAAGCAUGCGGCUAAAGCUGAUAGCAAACAAUACAACUGUGGAGCGAAGGUUUAGUUCCUGGAUUGGAGGUUCCAUUUUGGCUUCUCUGGGUACUUUCCAACAGAUGUGGAUCUCCAAGCAAGAAUAUGAAGAGGGAGGAAAGCAGUGUGUCGAAAGGAAAUGCCCAUAACUUUUGUGCUCUAAGAAAUUCUGCCUUCCCCAGCACUUUUAAUAUUCAAUAGCUUUAGCAUACUCAGGAAUGGAAGUUUUGUCUCUUUUGUAGGAAACAUACUUUUUGUGCAUUCUUUAAUUUCAAUUUUAAACAAACUAUAGGUACUAUUUUAAAAGGCCAAACUGGUUCUUUCAUGACAAAUGGGUGCCUGCAUCCGUUGUAAAAUGCAAUAACUCUUAUACAAACUUUUUUAUGAUUUUGUAUAAAUAUCUAUUUUCUGCAAAAACCUUUUUUCCUAGAAGGUGACAAAGCUACAAUCUAUGGAUGUAAUUUCUUGCCUUUCAAUGACAUUUCUAAGAAAUGUGUCUACUUUCAGACUAGUCUUCCUUGUUACGUUGGCCUUAAUAAAUUCCUCUAGUUUGUCA